AUGGCCGUUUACAGCCCUGGAAGCUCGGAGUCGGAGGUCUUCCUUGUCAAGGACUCCAUCAGACCUCGAUUCCAAGCUUUAAAUGUUGAAAAGGAAGGACAACGAUUCUCCGUGAAAAAUGAUAUCCUAGGCCCCCCAGUGGCCACCUGGAGAAGUAAUCUAGCGGCUUCCUCCCAGCGGCGCAACCUUCUGUUCGUGGCACAUGGAAGUGAUAUCUAUGUCUGGAUACCAUCGGGCCCUUUUCAGCUCUUGGGGUCUCAGGCUGAGAUGGUUAUCAAACCAAUCAUGAAGCACCCUCAGGCGGACGGUUAUAUCGAUCCGGCGAACCCACAUACCAUCAACAACAUCCUUGUGGAUGAUCUGGGUCGUGAUGAGGUCUUGCUGUUGGCGACCGAUUCUGGGAACGUUUGCGGAUACCAUGUCGAAGCAAUCUUCUCCGCCGUGAAACGAUGCGCUAAAAGUGGAUAUAAACGGCCAUUCGAUGGUGCAGAAGUGACUCCAUUCUUUGUGGAAAAUGUCGGAAUGAGUGCCUGGGGCCUUGCAACCCAUAAGUUUGCUCGUCUGAUUGCUGUUAGUGCAAAUACUGGCCAGAUCACAGUCUAUGCAUUUGCCUUGGUGGACCCGUCAUCGGAAGGCAUGGAUGAUCCUUCCUCAGAUCCCGAUUCAGACGGCUUGAACGCGAACCAGUCCGACCAGACCUGGGUUUCCAUUCAUAACAUCAAGCAGCUACGAGAAUUACAGAGGUCUAUGCCUCGUAACCAUCGUUCCCGCAACCUACGCUUGACAUAUAGAGGCCACUUCGACAAUAUCCCGCACGUAUCCUUUGCCAACUUUGACUUGGAUUCGAAUGGCUUCUGGAUGGCUAGCACCGAUAUCAGUAACCGAGUCAUUAUUUGGAGAAUCUGGGAUGACCUGGGUCCAUACAGGGUAUAUUAUCCUGGCCACCCGUUGAACAAUCCUCCUCAGAGAGGAUGGACUGUCAUACCUCUGGACCCAAGAACCUUCAAACGACACCAAAGGAAAGAGGAUGCAUGUGGGUGUCAACCGGGCUCGAUUCUCCUCGCGUCGAGAACGAUUCUAGAUGUAUCUAGAGCCAUCCAAGAUGUAUCAGAUGCGUCGCAAAUAUUUGUAUUUGGCAGUGUCAACUCCAGACGCCCUGGCACUCUAGAUCGCCGAGUUCAGUGUCUGCCUGAUGCCAUCUUUUCGCGUGAAUCCAGGGUGAAUCAGAACUCUCGAACGAGUCUAGAGUCAGUCUUGGAGUCCAGCAAUACUAUUAGCGACAAGGACAGGGCUGCGUCCGAAGGGCAAAGUCCCAGUGGUUCAGAAGUCGAAGAUGCAUUGAGCGACGUUGCGAGCGACUCGUCAGACCAUGUGAUACGGAUUAAACGACCCCUUGCAAGCCUUUUCGAGGAGGAGAGCGACCAGCAUCGCGCAUCACCAUGUCUCCAUCCGGACUACAUCUAUGACCUGGAGGGUUUCUCCGACAACAACCUCAAGCUUUUCACGGAAAGGCCUAUGCAUCCCAUACAUCCUCCCCAAUUCUUUCCUACCAUCCACUUUUCCGAGCACCAUAUAAGCAUGGCACCUUACCCGAUCGACUCAGACUACCAUCUCCUCAACCGAAAUACUCUUUUUCAACGCUUCUCUUUCACUGUCGAGAUGAGCUCCGCCUGCGAUCGCUUCAACAUGGUCAAGUACGUUCCCGAGCUUGGGAUCGUGGUUGCAGCGUCGCAGAAAGGCCGCGCGGCGAUUAUAUCACUUACUUGGCAAGAAGAGAUCGGUUAUGCAUUUCGCCUUGACUGGGUCGUUCCGUUCCACACUCAAGAGCGUACCGAUGAACGGCCUAUGAUCCCACUCCUUGGCAUGGCUGUCAGUCCUAUGCCAGGGUAUGAAAUCCCGCCAGAUGUCCCCUGCAUCCCGCGUGGCGUUGACCCCGAUGAUUGGCUGCAAUUCAACUACCGUAUCCUCAACCCUGAAGAUGACGACACCCCUUCUUCGCCCUCAUCUACAACACCGGAUCCUUCCGUAUUAAAACCCACUGCUCACCCAGACUCCACUCAUUCUACACACAGCCCGCAGUCUGCUAGCAACGACGAUAAUGAUGACGACGAGGCCUCACAGUCGCCAUCUGGAGCCGAAUCUACAUCAGAUGAACCACCCUCGGACACCCAUUCCAAUACGACAGAAUCGACCCAUAUCCCCGGGAACUAUACCCUCCCAGAACUUCACGCCCAUGCCUCAAGCGCUUAUCACCCUCAGGAACAAUGGCACGGCUGGCAUCCAUCCCGCCACUACAGAUUGAUGUUGCUGUAUUGUGACCAUACGGUGAUGAGCUAUGAAUUCUGGCACGACUGGAAGGACUGA